UUUUUUUUUUCGAAAUUAAAUUACUUGCUUAUAUUUUGUGUGUGCGUCAGUGGUGGUGGUGGUGGUGGUGGUGGUUCCCUAACCGCAACGCAUGGCCGGUGGAUGCAGCAUCAGAGCUAUCUGGAUUCUCAACAACCUCGACGCCGUCGUUUUCUCCAGGAGAUUCCCUGUUGUAGAAAAGCGUUGGCGAGCUGCUUUGAACUUCGAGAGCGAUGAGCUCUUCACUUCAAUUCCCAAUGACUCUGAACUCGCCGAUGCUUUCAUGGACAGAAAGCAAAGGGAAGGAUCUGCUCGCGGAUUCGGCGUACGUAGAACUCAUCAAUCCUCUCCGGGAUCUGAUUCUUGGAUCGAUGAUCCUAUCACUCGUCAUAUCGUAUCCCUUUACAUUACCAAAGAGGAGCAAAAGAAUCUCUUGUGGCCUUUAAUCUUGCACAUAAGGGGCCUUUUCACUGUUCUUGUUCUGCCAUUCGUGGAACCUAAGCAUUUAAAGGCUUAUGCAAGUUUGUGUAAGAGACCUGAUUGUGGAAGUGCUCUUGGCCUUGACCAUGGUUUGUCUUCGCUAUUGAUCCAACUUCCCUCAAUAACAGGGGCAUUUAUGAUAGCUCACGCCAUCGGUGACAUAAUUACAGGCGACGUAGUAGAGCCUGAAGUGAUUGUAAGUUCAGCUCCCUCUGUUGGAGGGCUGUUUGAUUCACUAACUGGUAGUAUAGGCAUAUCUUCCAGGCCAAAACCGGUAGCUCCAUCAGUUGCUUCUUCUGCUCCAUUGGGUGCAGCUGUACCAGGAUUAGCUACAGCAGAUAGUCAAAAAUUUGGGUCUAGGCCUUUGGAUAAAGAUGCACUGAGAACAUUUAUUAGUAGUUCAAUGCCAUUUGGCACUCCUUUGGACCUUAAUUACUCAAAUAUUUUUAAUAUCAAGGCCAAUGGCUUUUCUGCAUCAGAUUUGCCUCCUGCUGACCAGAAGCAACCAGCUUGGAAGCCAUAUUUGUACAAGGGAAAGCAGAGAGUAUUGUUUACAAUUCAUGAGACUGUUCAUGCAGCUCUGUAUGAUAGAGAUGAGAUUCCGGAUAUUAUAUCAAUUUCUGGUCAAUUGAAUUGUCGUGCUGAUCUGGAAGGCUUGCCAGAUGUGUCAUUGCCCUUGUCAGGAGUGAACACAGCCAACCUUGAGGUUUCAUCCUAUCACCCUUGUGCUCAAGUUUCAGAUCAAGGUCUGGAUAAGCAGGGUGUGAUGUUUUCUCCACCAUUAGGUAAUUUUGUGUUAAUGCGCUAUCAGGCAACUUGUGCCCUCGGACCACCUGUUAGCGGAUUUUAUCAGCUGUCAAUGGUUUCGGAGGACAAAGGUGCAUUUCUAUUCAAGUUGCGUCUAAUGGAAGGUUAUAAGGCUCCUUUGACAAUGGAGUUUUGUACUGUGAUUAUGCCCUUUCUUAGGAGAAGGAUUGUAUCUUUGGAUGGAACUCCUUCUGUCGGAACAGUUUCAACUUCUGAUCACUCUGUAGAGUGGAAAAUAGUGCCAAGUGGACGUGGACUGUCUGGAAAAAGUAUUGAGGUGACUUUCCCAGGAACAGUCAAGUUUGCACCAUGGCAAAACCGAAGGGUGCCAUCCUCUAGGUCUAUUGGAGCCACUGCUGACGAAGAUAGUGAUAAUGAGGCAGAAAAUGCUAGCAACAUGGUCAAUGAAGAACAUUUGAUGGAGAAAAUGAACAAGGAUCUUCCUCCAGUUGAUCUAGAGGAGCCAUUCUGCUGGCAGGCAUACAAUUAUGCCAAAGUAUGCUUCAAGAUUGUUGGGGCAUCUCUAUCUAGAAUUGCUAUUGAUCCUAAAUCUGUGAGUAUCUAUCCAGCUGUUAAAGCACCUGUGGAGUUUGCAACUCAGGUAACUUCUGGGGACUAUAUUUUGUGGAAUACUCUUGGUAAGUGCCCACAUGUAGCCACAGUAAAGACGUAAGUAUGAUUGGCCAUGGGGAAUAUUUGAAAUUGCUGGGAGAUAUCUGUUGGGAACUCUGAAGUUUUAUUAAUUUUUCGCUGAGUAGCUAGACAGUGCAUGAUUGUGUCUUCCUAGCUAUUUUAUUAAGACAAUACCUUCUAUUGGUGCUUCUAAUUAUUUUAAAUAGGAAAGUCUUGUAUACUUUUUUUUUAAA